AUGAAAUUUUCAUUUAAAUCAAUUUUCUUAUUUAUUACAUUCAUAUGCUUACUUUCAAUUGUUUUUGCAAACAAUCAAGUUACUCCAGAAGAAGCAUCAAUUGUUUUCCCAACCAAUGAAGAUUUACAAAAUGAAGAAUCAAUUUUAGAAUCAGACCUUGUUGGUAAAAUGAAUACUGAUGUUUGUGCUGGAAAAAAUCAAGUAACCUGUUUAGUUUUUGAAUUUGCUCAAAUCAAGUGCUAUUGGGAUUUAAAGAAAGGAAAAUGCUUGCGUAUUUACCCAUAA